AGAGCAGAGGGAAGGAUGGAUAACGCAGGACACAUAUGUUGCCUGUCCUGGCAGAAUGAGGAGUAAUUGUACAGCAAAGAUCAUCUACUGGGAGUGAAUGGCAAAGUGGGUUUUCUGGAGCUCCAGAGGGCCAGCUGCACCUGCCCCCAACAACAGGAGCAUAGUGAGUGGAGCCUCACUUCAAGAGAGGUGACACAGCAGCAGAGGUGAGGAGACUAGGAUAGGAGCAGCCUCUUACUGUACCAGAAUGAGUGCCCAGGGCCCGCUCUCGUGAGGAGCCGCCAUCGCUCAACUCCCAUCUUGGCGCUUCGCAGGUUUGGGCCUCAAAACUCUUCUCUGCCUCGGCACUUCGCAGAGACAUCAGUGAGCCAGUUGCCUGGAUGGAAGAACUCCAGAUUGCCAUGAACUGGUUACACUGAAUAACUUAACCGCAUUCCCAGGAUCUGCGUAAAUAAGUUAACACUCAGCAAAAUAACUGUGGAGGAGCAAUUCAUCCCUGGCAUCCUACCGCCUGGAAGUUAAGUAGCACAUCUGAAGUCAAACUCCGAUGCCAACGGCUUUUGCCACCAAAGGCUUUGGUGGCUGUUGUAUUUCUCCCGCCAUAUCUAGGUCAAUGUGGUGCCACAAGCUUUUCUAAAGCAUCUUUAUCCUCUAUGCCUGGACAUUUAUGCCGCAUCUUCUCCUAAACCGGCUCUGACAACUCAGGCCUUCCAACAACACCAGAAAUGGAAGCACUAGAAGUUGAUGACAUCAGCCCGGCCUUGGAGGUGACUGAAGAUUUCUUCAAUAGUUUUGAUGCUAAGCUGGAAAAGGUUGUGCAACCGUCCGAGGUGUAUGGGGUGCAGGAGGUUCCCGAACUGGUAGGACAUGAAGUAUUCAAUCAGAUAACGGACAGCGGAGACCUGAGAAACAUCACUUCCUUAGCUAAAAACGGCCUCAUUUGGGAACGCUGCAGAAACGGCCUCUUGGAAGCCAACGCUCCGAAAGCGUUCCCUGCCAAAGAUCAGUUUACAGGGCAAAGGGAGACAGCCCCGGAUAAUCUCUCCUGGGUGGAGCAAAGGGAAGCCUCGACUUUUAAUAUUUUUAAUCUCUGUCAGCGGAGGAGAGACAGGCCCCGCUCUGUGAACGAUAUCCUAGUGCAGAACGAGGAAGCCUCCACUUUCAAGCUAGGACAUAACCGGUCACGCUCGGAUGCAAGCCGCAUAGACUGGGGACUUGUCUUCACAGGUGCAUCUGUGCAGCCGCCAUCGAGUCAGGACACCAAUUGCUCCAGGCUCUUAUGCCUACCACCCACACUAAAGAAGGGAGAGGACGUUCAAGGGAACACUGAUUCAUCGAUUCCAAGGGCAGAAAGAACCACUGUGAUCAUCUCCUACAUAACACAGGCCAUAGAACUUCCCCACAAUAACUCCUCGAGCAAAUCAUUCAGGGAAACAUCCAGUCUUGAUUUAAACAUUGUCAUCGAUGGAGAAUCCACCACGAUCCUUGAACACAAACUGACAUUCCCAAAUAUUCUGAAGAAGGGAUACCUAGAAAUUAGAAAGGACCAUGACAGCUACUGGCAGCCCUGUUAUGCAGAGCUCUCUCCACACAAACUGUACCUGUAUUACCUCGACAGUAGCGGCAACCAGAAUUUUCCUACCGUGUAUCCGCUUUCACAUUUCCAAAGUGUCACGGUCACAGACAGCACUGAAACAAAGAUGGUGGAUGCCGUUCUGUCGGACAACUCCCAGCUACAGCUAAAGGCAGAGUCACCGUGGGAGACUUUGGACUGGGGGAAGAAACUUUGGGAGGUGGGGCAUUCCUCUGCGCCAACGUUCAGGAGGCAGCAGGAAAACCUAGAGGACUCACAGAAGCUGGACAACAACAGAGACCUUCCCCAGAUUCAUGGCUUACAAAAGAAGCCUGCUGAGCUUUUCCAGUGUACAGCUUUGAGCCAAAAUACAAAGGAGUACCAAAACAUUCUCAGGUCAGGGACUCUUUAUAGGUUGACGGUCCAGAAUAACUGGAAAGCGUUUACUUUUGUACUAAGCAGAUCUUGUCUCAUGGCAUUUCAGCCCGGGAGUCUCGAUGAAGACCCUCUCCUGAGCUAUAACAUUGACGUGUGCCUGACUGUCCAGACAGAUAUUCUGGAUGACUGUGACUCAUGCUUUCAGGUCAUUUUCCCUCAAGAUGUCCUCCGGCUGCGUGCAGAGACCCGUCAGAGGGCACAGGAGUGGAUGGAGGCCCUGAAAUCUGCUGCCAACGCAGCCAGAAGUUUAGGUCCAAACCUGCAGGUUACUCUCAGAAACAAAGCCAGAGAUCAGCCUCUGGGGAGAGACUUCAGGCAGAGCAAGCGCCAGUCUGUGACCACCAGCUUUCUGAGCAUUCUGACCACGUUGUCUUUGGAAAGAGGACUCACGGCCCAGAGCUUCAAGUGUGCAGGUUGUCAGCGCUCUAUAGGCUUGUCCAAUGGAAAAGCCAAGGUGUGCAGUUACAGCGGAUGGUAUUACUGCAGCACCUGCCAUGUGGAUGACAACUUUCUAAUCCCCGCGCGACUGGUUCAUAACUGGGACACUUCAAAAUACAAGGUAUCAAAGCAAGCCAAAGAGUUCCUGGAGUAUGUGUACGAGGAGCCGUUGAUUGACAUCCAGCAGGAAAAUCCCAUGUUGUACAGACAUGUUGAGCCGCUGGCGACUGUAGUCCGUCUGAGACAGCAGCUGAGAUCUCUCCGAGCCUAUUUGUUCAGCUGCAGAGCAGCAGUGGCAGAAGACCUGCGCAGGAGAAUCUUCCCCAGAGAGUACCUCCUUCAGCAGAUCCACCUGUAUUCCCUUGCAGACCUACAGCAGGUUAUUGAAGGAAAAUUGGCUCCUUUCUUGGGGAAGGUAAUCAAGUUUGCCACUUCUCAUGUGUACAGCUGCAGCCUUUGUAGCCAAAAGGGCUUCAUCUGCGAGAUUUGUAACAAUGGAGAGAUCCUUUACCCCUUUGAGGAUAUUUCAACAAGCAGGUGCGAAAGCUGUGGCGCUGUCUUCCACUCGGAGUGCAAAGUGAAGUCUGUCCCGUGCCCCAGGUGUGUGCGCAAAGAGCUGCAGAAGAAGCAGAAGUCCUUCUGGAGGAGACUGAAUAUGGACGAGAGCCUGGAAGAGUCUUGCACCAUGUUCGAGCUGUCCUAUCAGAAUACAUGACUUCCCUUAGGCACUGGCUGACAGGAAGAGAUCUUCUUCUACAGUCACCAAUUCAAGCCGCUUCUCAGAUAGUCAGGUGGCAACCUGAUUGCAAAGACUUUGCCUGACCCUCAUCCUGAUUAUCGCUUAGCACUGGCCAAAAGGGCCAUGAAACCUGGACGGCUUUAGAAUGUAAACAGCCAAAUUGCAUUUAGCGGUAAAGCUGAACCACUAGAUCUCAUGCAAAAUGUGGCUUGCUUGAAAUGUUUCCGGUCAAGCCCAUUAAGCGCUCAACCUUUUGUUUUCCACCUCAGGAGAAGAUUUUCCUCAAGGCAGAAAAGAUUUCCUGCCACGACCACAUCGCUGUUAUUUUUGUUGUUCUUCGGUCAGAAACAGUGAAUCAUCUGCUUAUUUAAGUCUAUUAUUUUUAUUAGUCUUGGCUGAGGCUCCGGUGAAAUGUUUUUCAGGAGCCGAGAAAGUAGCAAUGGUACCAUGCCCACCUGCUUCAUCUGACGCAGAUGCAUGGAUCAUUUUUCUAAUGGCUUUGGGCUUUUUUUUUCCCUCCACCCAAAGAAAAAAAGAGCUUUUCAUGUCAGAUUUUAUUCAGGAUGUUUUCAAAUGUAAGACCCAGGAGAAUUCCUUUAGGUGUGUGUCUAUAUUUAUAGCCAUCCCAGCUGAAUACUAUGUGAUCAACAGAGGACUAAUUGCUAUUUUUGGCUGGGGUGGCAAUGCCAUUCUUGCCCUGUUAUUGGAGCAUCAUACCUUCUGCCUGCCGCUGCGGUCUACGCGAGCCUCUGGUAAUGGGAUGUUAGUUCAAAUCCCUGUUACGUUCACAUUCAUAGCCAUUUUAAAUCACCAGAUUGUUUUGUUUUUUAGAUCACCUUAUAUUAAUGAGCAAUGCUUUAUCCGUAGGAGUGAUAAACAUGCUUCCCUCACCUGAAUCUGCUAGAGCUACAGGAAAAGAUCUCUUCUGCCUUUAAUAUAUAUAUAUAUGUGUGUAUAGUGUAUGUGUGCAAAAUUUCCCUAAUCGUGAAACAUAUUUCAUCUUUUUCCUGCAUCCUUCUUGUGCAUUUUGUGUGCUGCACUGGCCCCUGGCAGCAUUAUGCAGGUCCAGAGGGACUUUGGUACUUCAGUAGGAACUUACCAGGGGGAAAAGGCAGUUCUUGGAAGUGUGUUCUGCCCCACAUACCUGGAAUAUGGGAAAGCAGGAAACACAGUAAGUCAUGUCUUCUGUGCAAAGAGAAUGUGUGAUCAAUUUGAUUGGGAAAACGUGUAUAUUUCACCACUGACAAUGUCUUUCACCACCAGUGAGUCUUUGAGAUUGUCUUCACUUGAAUCCAUUAAAUAUCUUAAGUUUUUCUCCGAUCCCUACAGAAGUAUGUAUAUUACAUACAUAUGUAUUCAUGUGUAUAUUUAUAGAAAGCAAGUACAGUGUCAGGAGAAAAGUUCA